AUGGCGCUUUUCCAAACUAUCGAGACCCCUGUGGUCACCUACGAGCAGCCUUUGGGACUAUUCAUCAACAAUGAAUUCAUCAAGGGUGUGGACGGAAAAACGUUCGAGACGAUCAACCCUCACGACGAGAAGCCUAUUGUAUCCGUGCACGAAGGCACAGCAGAUGAUAUCGAUAUUGCCGUCAAAGCUGCCCGCGCUGCACUGAACGGAGAGUGGAAGCAAGUCACUCCAUCCGAACGUGGUCGUCUCCUCACUCGUCUUGCCGACUUCCUGGAACGUGAUAUCGACACUCUGGCCGCUAUUGAAGCCCUUGAUAAUGGCAAGGGAGUCACUAUGGCCAAGGGCGACGUUAACGCCUCUGCAGGCUGCCUGCGAUACUACGGUGGCUGGGCCGACAAGAUUUACGGCCAAACCAUCGACACUGAUAUCAAUAGUUUCACUUAUACCCGCCACGAGCCCGUCGGUGUCUGUGGCCAAAUUAUCCCAUGGAACUUCCCUCUCUUGAUGUUUGCUUGGAAGAUCGGCCCUGCUCUGGCGACUGGAAAUACAAUUGUUAUGAAGACCGCUGAACAGACUCCUCUUUCGGCGCUCUAUGUGGCCAAGCUUAUUAAGGAGGCUGGCUUCCCCGCUGGAGUGGUUAAUGUUAUUUCAGGAUUCGGAAGAACUGCCGGCGCGGCACUCUCCUCUCAUAUGGAUGUUGAUAAGAUCGCGUUCACUGGAUCGACUCUGGUCGGACGUCAAAUCAUGAAGGCAGCGGCCGAUUCCAACUUGAAGAAGGUGACCCUCGAAUUGGGUGGCAAGUCACCAAACAUUGUUCUCCCAGAUGCAAACCUGGAGGAAGCAAUUGAAUGGGUUAAUAUGGGCAUUUUCUUUAAUCACGGACAGUGCUGCUGUGCAGGCUCUCGUAUUCUUGUUCACGAAGCUGUCUAUGAUAAGUUCCUUGAGCUCUUCAAGCAGCGCGCGGAGAAGAAUAAGGUCGGAGAUCCAUUCAACCACGAGACUUUCCAGGGACCUCAGGUUUCGCAAAUUCAAUAUGACCGGGUUAUGAAUUACAUUAAUGCUGGAAAGGGUGCAGGCGCCAAGGUUAUCACCGGUGGUGACCGACAUGGCAGCGAGGGAUACUACAUUCAACCCACAAUUUUCGCUGAUGUCCAUGGCGACAUGACGAUUGUGCGGGAAGAGAUCUUCGGACCUGUCUGCACAGUGCAGAAGGUCAAGAGCGAGGAGGAGGCUAUCCAAGUGGCCAACGACACAAACUACGGCUUGGCCGCAGCUGUCCACACCACAAACAUUAACACUGCCAUCCGAGUGUCCAACGCCGUUAAAGCCGGAACCGUCUGGGUUAACAACUACAAUACCCUCCACUACCAGAUGCCGUUCGGUGGCUUCAAGGAAUCAGGACUCGGACGAGAGCUUGGCUCAUAUGCCCUCGAGAACUACACUGAGGUCAAGACAGUCCGCGUGCACCUUUCUUCGUCUUAG